AUGGGUCUCUUUGGCAAGGUCGAAGCCUUCUUUGGAGGUGGACAAGAGGAGGAAAGGCACUCUCAUUCGCACUCGGGCUAUCAGUGCGAUGAGCUUCACCCUGAGGAACACACUGCCAACAGAUUCCAGUCCUUUGCAGCUCCUUCAUCCGGCAACAUCAAGUGGUUCGUCGAUGGCUGCUCCUACUUUUGGGCCGUGUCCGAGGCCCUUCAAAGGGCGCAGGAGAGCAUAUAUAUCCUCGACUGGUGGUUGAGCCCUGAGCUCUACCUACGUCGCCCUCCUUCUCGCAACGAGCAGUAUCGCCUUGACGCUAUGCUUAAGGCUGCCGCCGAGCGUGGAGUCAAGGUCCAUGUCAUUGUGUACAAAGAAGUCGAGGCAGCUCUCACUCUUGACUCUGCGCACACAAAGCAUGCCCUUGAGAAGCUACACCCCAACAUUAGCGUCUUCCGUCAUCCUGAUCACGCUCCCGCAGGAUACGACAUUGCUUCAGAAAUUGGCAACUCAUUCAAGAAUUUGACAAACUUUAAUUUGGCAACCAUGUCUAAGGACACUCUCAAGGCAAUCUACGGUGCAGCAGACGAUGUUGUUCUCUACUGGGCUCAUCAUGAAAAGCUCCUUGUUGUCGACCGUAAUCUGGUUUUCAUGGGUGGCCUUGAUCUGUGUUUCGGACGAUGGGAUACUAAUUCCCAUCCAAUUGCAGAUGCUCACCCUGGAAAUGUCGACAACAUCAUCUUCCCCGGCCAAGACUACAAUAACGCCCGAAUUUUCGACUUUGCUGAUGUUGGAAACUGGGAUCAGAAUCAGCUGGAUCGAACCAAGAGCUCAAGAAUGGGCUGGUCCGAUGUUGCUUUGUCUAUGAACGGCCCCAUCGUGUCUGAUCUUGUUUCUCACUUUGUUGAUAGAUGGAACUUCAUGUAUGACGCCAAGUAUAACGAAAAAGAUCCCGGAAAGUACGUAAGACUCAGCAUGCCUGGAAAUUAUGGUCCAUCGCAGCGGGGAUAUGUACAAGAGGGAUCCGAAGAGCAAGAAUACGAAGAGCGAAGGGGUGGCGGCGGCAUGCUUAGUCGCUUCACCGAAUCUCUUGCUGAUGAAAUGGGAAAUCUUGGUUUGUCAGAAGGUCAUCGAUCUCAUCAUUCUCAUCGUUCCCAUCGUUCUGAAGAAUACGAUGACGAACGCAGCUACGACCGACGCAGUGGCAGGGGAGGUGCUCGCAUUCAGCUUACACGAAGCUGCACCAAGUGGUCGUCUGGCCAUGCCACAGAGCACUCGAUCGCAAAUGCUUAUGUCAGUGCUAUAACGAAUGCCAGGCACUUUGUCUACAUAGAAAACCAAUUUUUCAUCACGGCCACCAGCGACGAACAGCGCCCCGUAUCCAACAAGAUUGGAGCCGCCAUAGUUGACCGUAUCGUUCGAGCAUAUGAAGAAGGUCAGCAGUUCAAGGUGUGGGUAGUGAUGCCCGCCGUCCCGGCUUUCGCCGGAGACUUGAAGUCCAAGGACGCCCUCGGAACACGAGCCAUCAUGGAAUUCCAGUAUAACUCCAUCAGCAGGGGUGGACACAGCAUUAUUCAGAAGCUUGUCGCCGCCGGUAUCGAGAACCCUAGGGAGUACAUUGGCUUCUACAACCUUCGAAACUACGAUCGCAUCAACACAUCCAGCACUCUGCGGCAGGCAGAAUCUCGCUCUGGCGUCUCGUAUGAGGAUGCGCGAAGAUAUCACGAUGACUACGUCAAUGAAGAACGAUACAGCCGAGACGAUGAGGAGCGUUAUGAGCGAGACCGCUACGGCCGAGAUGACCGCUACGGCCGGGGUGAUGAAGACCGCUAUGACCGGGACCGCUACAGCCGAGGUGAUGAGGACCGCUAUGAUCAGGAUCGCUACGACCGAGGCGAUGAAGACCGCUACAGUCGACGCGAUGAGGAUUCUUCCAACUACGAUAGAUAUCAACGCCAAGCCCAAUCCGUCCCAGAUGACACUCGGGAUACAGUGAGUGCCGCCUAUAUGAAGAACGGCCCCAAGAUUUCCGAGAUCCCAUGGAACGGUGCCCCCGGAGACGAGUUCAACGCCUUCGUGAGCGAGCAGCUAUAUAUCCAUACAAAGCUCCUCAUUGCCGACGACCGCCUCGUCAUCUGCGGCUCCGCCAAUUUGAACGAUCGCUCCCAGCUGGGAACUCACGACUCUGAGAUUGCAGUGGUGAUCGAGGGCCCAACUACUCUUGACUCUUACAUGAAUGGCGAGCAGUACUCGGCCAGUGAAUUCGCCGCCUCUCUGCGAAGGCAAAUCUUCCGCAAGCACCUUGGCUUGCUCCCCGAUCAGCGAUGGGACCAGCCAACCCAAAACUGGCUGCCGGUGACCGACGCACCCAACGACUACGACUGGGGCUCGUCUGCCGACAGGCUCGUAGAAGACCCCCUGAGCCCUGACUUUUUGAAUCUAUGGGAAGACGUUGCACACACAAACACGAAGGUAUUCAGCCGGGCGUUCCACCCCGUUCCUGACGACCGCGUGCGCACCUGGGACGACUACGACGAGUUCUUCUCAAAGCACUUCAUCAUCCCUACCGCCAAGGGAGACGACAAGAAGCCCAAGGACGGUGAGGAGGGCAAAGUUCCUUACGGCCACGUCGUUCCCGAGGAGUUCCCCGGUGGCGUGGAGGAGUUGAAGGACUGGCUGGGCCGCAUUCGUGGCAACCUCGUCAACAUGCCUCUUCAGUUCCUCAUCGACGUUGAGGAUAUUGCCGAGGAGGGUCUGACGCUGAAUGGCCUCACAGAUGAAUUGUACACAUAG